AUUUUGUCCUGCUUCAGUUUCGUUUGCAUGCGCAUGUGCUGCUGUCAUUUGUUGAGCACAAAUAUGAAAUAAACAGAGCUCAUGUUUUCGAUGGCGUAAGUGCGUUUUCCCUUUGUUUGUUCUCGUGGCAAUGUUAAGCUACUUCCUAGGCCGGCCCAGACAGUGAACACCUGCGCUGAACAUAGCUACGCGGCGCACUUGUUUUCUUGCAUGCCAACGCUGUUCUGCUGGCUGUCACAUCGCUGUCUGACGUGCAUAUCACUCGCCGUCGUGCCAACGCUGAGUCUGCAUGGGAUGGGUCGCAAGGAUGCUGCUGCUAUGUAUGACAAUGAGAAGAAGCACUUCAGCAAUGUCAAAUACCAGCGCAUGCAGCGGACUGAUGAUGGCUUCGUAGAUAUCCAGUUUCAGAAAACUCUGUCGAGGAUUCCCAAGAAAGCCAUUGCACUUGCAACUUGCCUAUUCAUUGGUGGAUCUGCACUGAUUGUCUUGGCAUCAUUCAUUUUUGCUGGAUUUUUCGACCCAAAAUAUGAUGACAGCAGCUGGCCAGUUCUUGUUCUGGGAGCCCUUAUGUUCAUCCCUGGUGCUUAUCAUGUACGCAUUGCAUACUAUGCUUAUAAGAAGUAUCCAGGCUAUACAUUUGAUGACAUCCCAGAUUUUGAUUAGGUUCACUUUCAUUGUUUUGACUGGACCAAAAAUUUUGUGUGUUUCUUGUCAUAACACUUGAACCAUGUAGUCAUCCGCUAUUAUGUGCCGCUGUGGCAAGACAAAAGUUUUUUUUUAUCUUGUGGACAUUAUGUACAGUUCUUAAGGGUGUUGAAACAUGAAAUGAGGAUGAUUUGUGUCAUGAAGAAUGUGACUUAUCAUGGCUUCUGACAAGAAAUGCUGUGAAUAAACAUACUGUAAAGGCAAUAAAUGUUGCUGUCUACCA